AUGAUGGUGCACUGUGCCGGGUGCGAGCGGCCCAUCCUCGACCGCUUCCUGCUGAACGUGCUGGACCGCGCGUGGCACAUCAAAUGUGUUCAGUGCUGCGAGUGCAAAACCAACCUGUCGGAGAAGUGCUUCUCGCGAGAGGGCAAGCUUUACUGCAAAAAUGACUUUUUCAGGCGCUUCGGCACCAAGUGUGCGGGAUGCGCGCAAGGCAUCUCGCCCAGCGACCUGGUGCGCAAGGCCCGCGGCAAAGUCUUCCAUCUCAACUGCUUCACCUGCAUGGUGUGCAACAAGCAGCUGUCCACGGGCGAGGAGCUGUACGUCAUCGAUGAGAACAAGUUUGUGUGCAAAGACGACUAUCUGAGCUCCUCCAGCCUCAAGGAGGGCAGCCUCAACUCAGUGUCAUCCUGUACGGACCGCAGUUUGUCCCCGGACCUCCAGGACCCCCUGCAGGACGACCCCAAGGAGACGGACAACUCGACCUCGUCCGACAAGGAGGCCGCCAACAAUGAGAACGAGGAGCAGAACUCGGGGACCAAGCGGCGCGGCCCGCGCACCACCAUCAAGGCCAAGCAGCUGGAGACGCUCAAGGCCGCCUUCGCCGCCACGCCCAAGCCCACGCGCCACAUCCGCGAGCAGCUGGCGCAGGAGACCGGCCUCAACAUGCGCGUUAUCCAGGUGUGGUUUCAGAACCGACGGUCCAAAGAGCGCCGGAUGAAACAGCUGAGCGCGCUGGGAGCGCGGAGACACGCCUUCUUCCGGAGUCCACGGCGCAUGCGUCCGCUGGGUGGCCGCUUGGACGAGUCGGAGGUGCUGGGCUCCACUCCGUACACCUACUACGGAGACUACCAAGGCGACUACUACGCGCCCGGGGGCAACUACGACUUCUUCGCUCACGGGCCGCCGUCGCAGGCUCAGUCCCCGGCCGACUCGAGCUUCCUGGCCGCCUCGGGCCCCGGCUCGACGCCGCUGGGCGCGCUGGAGCCGCCGCUCGCCGGCCCACACGCCGCCGACAACCCCAGGUUCACCGACAUGAUCUCGCACCCGGACACGCCGAGCCCCGAGCCGGGCCUGCCGGGCGCGCUGCACCCCAUGCCGGGCGAGGUGUUCAGUGGCGGGCCCAGCCCACCGUUCUCCAUGAGCGGCACCAGCGGCUACAGCGGAGCCCUGUCGCACCCCAACUCCGAGCUCAGCGAGACCGCCGUGUGGUAA